CGGAACCGGUAUAAUUCCCGGUCAACCGGGACGAAUAACAUGCCAGACAUUCAAUCACAGCUUAAUCAAUAGAGGACUCUUACUAUAUCUCUUAGUGAGAGCUUAAAAGUGCAUCUUACUUAUCUCAAUAGAACUUAAAAUACACUAACUAGUUGCAGCAUAUACUUUUCUUAAAAAUGUUUUUGAUAGAGCUAAUCUAAUUCAAGGCUGAGCUGUUCUUCUGACUUGGUUUAGCAUGGGCAAAAUGGCUGUUUGCAGAAUACUGACGCUAAUAUCGGAAAGGAUGAAUUAAUUUCCAGUCAGCCACUAGUUUCUUCGCCAACCACCACGAUUUGCCCAAGGGGCCUGAGCCGCAUUAUGAUCAUUUUUUUUCCCAUAUCAACCGAGACAACAACAUAUACACGACAACGUCGUGUCAAAACAUGGACUGGAUGGUGGAUAAAGACAACCAGCGACAGUUGGAGGGCCAAGACCGAGAUGCCCGCGGUGGAAACGAGGUCAAUGCCCGAAGUGGGGAAUUCACUUUCAACUGCCCCUCGAUGACUGACUUGAGAGGAACAGACAGCGUUCCCUUGGGUGCUAAUUCUCAGGCUCAGGCUCAGUCUGCGGCCAGAUCAGCAUCUUCAGUAGAACAUGCCUCAUCAGCGACGUCGAGUUUUAUCCAGGUCGAGGACUGGGACGAUUCGGCUUCCUUGUCAGACAGUGUACAGACAUUUCCCGAAGAGUUUGGUCGCACUUAUCAUGCUUAUCGUGCUGGAUCAUAUCUAUUCCCCAAUGACAACACAGAACAAGAGCGACUUGGAAUUAUGGGCGAGUGCUACAAGAUGAUUAUGAAAGGCAAGCUGUAUAUGGCACCACUCUCUUCUAGAAGGCCUCCGAAGAACAUUCUCGAUAUCGCCACAGGUAUAGGUGACUGGGCUAUUCAAAUGGGCGAUCUCUUCCCCGAAGCUACAAUUAUUGGCACAGACCUAUCCCCAAUCCAACCAAACGAUGUGCCUCCAAAUGUCUACUUCUACGUCGAAGACUCAAGCGACGAGUGGAUGUUCACACACAAGUUCGACUACAUCCACACGCGCAGUACUUCUGGAUGCUGGUCCAAUUUCGAAACGCAGAUAGCCCAGCAAGCCUUUGAUGCGCUUGAACCUGGUGGCUGGUUCGAGUCGCAGGAGACGGAUUGCAUUCCCUUAUGCGACGAUGACACAUUUGAUCCUCAAGGCCCGGUUGCGACAUGGUGCAAUGACUUAAUAAUGGCAGCAGAGAAGCUAGAGCGCCCGGCUGUUUUCGGAGCAAAGCUCAAAGAGAUCUACGAGCGGGUUGGCUUUGUGGAUGUCCACCAACGUGUGAUCAAGAUGCCCAUCAACGGCUGGGCCAAGGACCCACGGCUCAAGCAAGUGGGAUGGAUGUGGGCUGAUCAUAUGCUCGAUGGUCUAUCUGGAUUCUCCUACCAGCUCUUGAACAAAGCCUUUGAACGAACCAGUGCUCAAAUUGAGGUGUCUUUAAUCGACGUUCGGCGAGACCUUGUGAACCCGCGCAUUCAUGCAUAUAUGCAUCUGUAUGUUGUCUGGGGAAGGAAGCCGAAGUAACGAAUUGUAAAACGCAAAAUGUGGAUAAGGUUAUAACAGGCGUUUGAGUCUAGUUUUCUCGGCGGCAGCGGAGUUGGCGUAUUAAUUAUGUUCAGUCUGGAUUUGUGAGCUUGUAGAUACUACGCAACUAACAGAUUGAUGUUGAAGAGUUGUAUUUACAAGUUACACCGCAAGAAAGAACCCCUUUCGACUGGCUGUAAGGAAGAAUAUCUAAAUCAUGUACGGCCCAACAGAUAUGAAUUUGCAAACAAUUAUUAGUCCUGGGGCUAGCCCUAGAGGCUUGUCAUUUGAGCUUCUACUAGUCUUAGAUUCCUAAGCACUGUAUAUCCAGGCUGUAUCACUUUAAAGACCCUAACAAGCAUU